AUGCUCCCGCAGUCGCGGCUCGGCGCGGCGGCGGCAGCGGAGGGCGGCGCCGGCCGCCUCGGGGCGCGCAUGGAGGCGACGUGGCAGCGGAGCCUGCACGCCGUGCUGCGCGCCCUCAACCAGACGGCGCCCGGCGCGGCCGCCUGCGGCUCCGACCGGCCGGCGGCCCGCGACGCCGGCGGCCGCCCGGGCCGCCACGACAACGCCUACAUGUACAUCCUCUUCGUCAUGACGCUCUUCGCCGCCACGGUGGGCAGCCUCAUCCUGGGCUACACGCGCUCCCGCAAGGUGGACAAGCACAGCGACCCCUACCACGUCUACAUCAAGAACCGGGUCUCCAUGAUCUGAGGACCCGGAGAAGGUCCGCGGUCGAGCGCGGCUCCAACGCCGCGCGGGGAAACGCGCUGCGCGGGGAAGUGCACCGCGCUCCCG